GUAGCAAUAUACGCCGUUGCCAAUAGAGAUAACAAAAGAAAAAAGUGCAUAAGUCUGAAAAGGCCAGAUAUCGCAGUUACACAUUUUUGACGCUGCUUAUGUAAGCUUGGCUUCAAAUUUCCCUUAAAAUCAGAACAUAACUGUGGCUCUAUAACAACGACCUUCAAUAUAAAGUGACGUCAAUCACCCAAACGUUAUCUUAAAAGCUCAAAUAAAGAAAUAAAAAAUAGCUUCCCAGUCAGUCAGACAAUUUAAUUUACUCAAUCUCCAUAUCCCCCAGUUACGAAACUCCUCCACGACGCAAUGUGAAAAAGUGAUUUGGCAUUUGAACGCAAGCGAUCAGAUCAUCUCGCUCGCACCAACAGCCAAAAUAAAUUUAUUGCUCACACCGUUUGUUCAUUUAUUUUUGUGGAUUUAGAAGGUUACAAGUAAGAAAAAAGCAACGCAAAAAAUCAAAAUGAGUGAAAUAUAAAUAAAUAAAAUUCGUUAACACGAAUAACAAAAACCACAGUCAACACAACUCCAGUACGAAGUUCUACAACAACAACCUAAUUUUAGGUCGUAUUUAAUAAUUGCGUGCGGCUCGGACAAGCUUAAUCUGUGUUCGUCGUUGUUUCUGUUCGUUCUGCGUUUCUGUAAAAGUGCCCUGUUGUUGCAAUUAUCACUUCUUGAUCGUUCACAUCAACGCGAAAACGUUAAGCAAUUUCAGUACUCAAGCAUUUUGUUAUUUCAGCCAUCCUACAUAAUAGAUAGUACAUACAUACAUAUAUGUACGAAUAGUACAAACAUACAUACAUAAAGUAUGUAUAUAUAAACGGUGAAUAGGAAAUAUCACUUACCUAUAUAUAUGAUCGACAGAACUACGGGAUAAUACGUGUAUAAAUGUUCCAAUUAUAACGUUAAACGUUAUCAGGAGUUACAAAACAUCGGUCUUAGCUUAAGUUUUAUAUAUUAUUUCUUAAAAUGUUUUCAAUAUUUGGAUUUACUAUUACGAUUAUAUUGGGCAGCGCAAUAUGCCAGGCAUUUCCAAACAUACACAAACAAAUGUCUUUAGAGCAACUACGUUUAGUUUUUCACGUAGACACAUAUGCAGCUGUACCGAAUUACGAGGUGGUCCAGCUUUUGCACCAUACCCGACAUCGCGCUCGGCGCAGCAUCAAACCCACUUCCUUAACGGAGCUCACGCAUCAUGUUAAAAAGGAUUUAAGCAAAAAUGCGUAUUACAGUGAUUUUAAAAGCGAUCAGAGAAAUAACGAAGGCGUAACUAAUUUACUUACUGACAUCGACGUGAGCAAAAUAAAAACUCAUAAUGUUUCUUUUACCGCCUUCGGGCGACAUAUGAAUCUGACAUUGCGUGCUACGGAAGGAUUAUUUAAAGGUCCGCCACAUCAACUUCGUAUGUGGUCGGUAGACAAGGAUGCAAAUGCUACACACGGCUUGGACAUUACAGAAAUUUCGCAAACAGAUAACGAUACGCACGAAGUUGGAGGGGUUUUCCAGGAUCAUGAAAAUAUGGCAGCAAUUUUAAUGCGUCGUCAUAUAGAAUCAGGUGAACUAAUAAUGGAAGGAAGCAUUGGUCACGAUUUCGUCAUUAAGCCUCUGCUACAUAAUAUUAGCUCCAACAAUGAGGUGCUUCACCAUAUCGUUUACAAACGUGAAGUAGAUGAUUUAGCCAAUGAAAUGAGUGAUUUUGCCUACAUGGAACCCGACGAUGUGUUGACAAGCGGAAAAAUAGACCGGCUGCAGCAUCGUAAGAAACGUACUACAACCGAGCGUAAUCGCGACAAUUUCAAAACUUACGACAAUUUAAGCAAAAGUGCUGGGGCUGCAGUUGAUUCCGAUUCUCAAACAGCAGGUUUACAUAAUAGGGCCAGACGUCAAGCUCCUUAUAUUAUUUAUCCAGAAGUUCUGGUGAUUGUUGACUACGAUGGCUAUCGGUUGCAUGGUGGUGAUAAUUUGCAAGUCAAACGCUACUUCAUCUCGUUCUGGAAUGGCGUUGAUUUGCGUUAUCGUCUGCUAAAAGGACCCAAAAUACGAAUAAGUAUAGCCGGCAUCAUUAUAUCUCGCGGUCGCGAUGCCACGCCCUAUUUAGAACGCAAUCGUGUAGGUCGCGAUGCCAUUGACUCAGCUGCAGCGCUAACCGAUAUGGGUAAAUACUUGUUUCGUGAACGUCGUUUACCUGUGUACGAUAUCGCUGUGGCCAUUACUAAACUUGAUAUGUGCCGUCGCACUUCUGCAUAUGGUGAAUGUAAUCGCGGUACUGCAGGCUUUGCUUACGUCGGUGGCGCCUGCGUGGUAAAUAAGCGAUUGGAAAAGGUGAACAGUGUUGCAAUCAUUGAAGACACAGGCGGCUUUAGUGGCAUCAUUGUGGCAGCACACGAAGUAGGACAUUUACUCGGAGCUGUGCAUGAUGGAUCACCUCCACCAAGUUACCUAGGAGGGCCAGGUGCACAACGCUGCCGCUGGGAAGAUGGUUACAUUAUGUCAGACUUGCGUCACACAGAGCGUGGCUUCAGAUGGUCCCCGUGCACAGUGCAAAGUUUUCAUCAUUUUUUAAACGGUGACACUGCCACUUGUUUGCACAAUGCUCCUCAUGAGGACAGUGCAUUGGGACGCUCUUUGCCUGGAACUUUGCUGUCGCUGGACGCUCAAUGCAGACGUGAUCGAGGCACUUAUGCGUGUUUCAAGGACGAGCGUGUAUGCGCGCAACUUUUCUGUUUUGAUGCACAGACAGGGUAUUGUGUGGCAUAUCGGCCAGCUGCUGAGGGAUCAGCUUGUGGUAAUGGAUAUCAUUGCUUGGAUGGUCGCUGUGCGCCGCUUCCUUCGAACAUUAUACCAGACUACGGGCAAAACUAUCAUUUAUCCUACAAGAUAAGCAAUAAUCGCAAAGUUGAUGAUGCAUUGAAAAGUACGGAUGAUGUUGAAAGUAAUAGCGAGGAAACUGAAUCUAAUAAAGAUGACAAUGAAAAUAUGAGCAACAAUGAGGAAGACAUUGAAGAUCUUAAAAGUAAUGAGGAAUAUAAUGGUGAAGAUAGCGAAAAUAAGCUAGAACGAAACAUUACAGAAAUAGCGGCUAAUAGUGCUUCCGUUAGAAAUACAACUACAAUAGUACAUUCAAGAACAGCUCACGAUGACGUCAAGGCUUUUGAGUUUUUACGGAAGCUGUUACGACAGGCUCAUAACACUCACAACAUCAACACGCGGCUAAGCAAUGACGGCGUUGUAUUUAAAACAAACAGUACCAGGGGUAGCCAUGACAACAAAAUUCAGCAAGAAAAUACAAGUAUGUUCUACUACAGACAAACUACAAAAAUACCUGAGACAAUUUCUAAAACCACAGAACCUACCAAUAUAUAUUCAAGUAUAUAUAAGGAGGAUGUUCGAAAGCAAAUUGAAUACUAUAUACACUUUUUAAAGCAAUAUGAAGUAAAACACUUAAAUAAACCAUUGGUACCUCGUACGUUUGAUACAAAUUAUAGCGCAACAGUGAACAAGAACUAUGGAAUUAGUCACCAGAAUAAAAAUAGCAGCAAACAAGGACUCAACCUACUACAACAGCAAGGUAAAAUCGAUCUGGAUAAUGAAGCCAAUACCGGUAUUGAUAGCAAUGAAACAACUGAUCUGGAAAAAUUGGUUAACUGGAAGCUGUUUCGGUUCUAAUACAGAGCUGCCGCAGGAACAUUUGAUAAUUUGGUGUUAGCUAUGCCAUUAUAAUUUCAACAAUUCAAAAAAUGUAGAUAUAAAUUAUUGUUAUAAAUAUGCUUGAGAUUUUUAAGGUUAUGAUUAAAUAAAAUUGUACACAAAUCCAAAUACCAA